AUGAAUGAAGUAUACGUGAGUGAUAAUACGUCAUUGAAUUUGACAUCAAUUACGCCAAUAAGUACUACAACACGAAGUAUUCCAUAUCGUGAACAAAUUCUUAUUGAUGCAUUUAAUACUUAUAUACAAAUUGGUAUUGGCAGUCUUCUAUUUAUUUUUGGUGUUACAUUUAAUUGUUUAAGUUUACUUUAUUUUCAUGUAUCACGUAGUUUUCAACAUACAACAUUUCGACUUUAUUUUUCAAUAAUAUCAAUACUUGAUACAAUACGUUUAUUUGAAUUUCUUAUUUUUCUUUUAUUUGAUAAAGGUUAUCUUAAAGUAACAUUAAAAUUAUGUCGUUCAAUAUUUUUUACAAUAAUGUUUACUGGACAGGCAAGCAUAUGGUUAACAGUUGCAUUAGCCGUAGAAAAAUGUAUAAUAAUAUGGUUUCCAAUAAAAGGUCGUUUAUUUUUUACAAUGUGUAUAUCAAAAUUCGUUCUUGUAUUAGUUCUUUUUAUUGUAUUUUUUGCUGAUGUAAUUUAUCUUUUACCAACUUUUUUUUUACAUGCAUAUGAAAAUCUUUCAAUUCAUACAUUUAUGUGUGUUUGGCAAAGUGAUAGUCAAUCAUCAAUGAAUGCACAUGAUCGAUGGAAAAAACAUUAUUUUACAUUUAAUACAGUUUUUUUUCAUUCAAUUAUACCAUCAAUUUUAUUACUAACACUUAAUUGGUUAAUAUUAUGUAGUUUAUCACGACAACGAACUGUUUUAACUAAAAUUGGUUCAAUUGAUGCAAAAAAUGUUCUUAAACGUGAAAAACAAUUUAAAGAAAAAACAAUUCAACUUGUACUUUCAUCAUUUUUUGUUAUAAUAACAAUUUCACCAAGAUAUAUAUUAACAAUGGUUAAUGCAUUUGCAACAAAUAUUAGAAAAACACCAAUUAUGCCAUUAUAUAUUUAUGUUAAUUUAAAUACAGUUUUUCGAGUUCUUGAAAUGUGUAAUUAUUCUUUAAAUAUUAUUUUUGCUAUAAUGAGUGGUCGAACAUCACGUCUUGAAAUUCGUAAAUUACUUUGGGAAUGUCUUUUUUGGAGAUUUAAACGAACUCAAGCUGAUCAUCAUGAAAUGACAUUUACUAAACAUUCAUUUUUAGUUGGUGAUGAUGAUGAUGAUUAUAAUAAUAAUAAUAAUAAUAAUAAUACAGAUCGUUCAAUGAAACCAAAUGGUAGAACAUCUUAUCAUACAUUAAGAAGGCAAUCAUCAAAUUAUUUAACAUCUAAAACAAAAUCUUCUACUAUUAUACAAACUGAUUUUAAUGAACCAUUACCACCAGCUUAUAUCAUUGAGACAUGUUAG